UCCCCCUUUUUUUCUCCUAACAAAUUUCUCACACGUCUUUCCAUUUUCUCCACAAAUUUUCACUAACUUUCUCAAUUCGGUAAAUCCGGUGCUGGGAAUUGCUGGCGUUUUUGGGCAGUUUCCGUCUCAGGAAACGAACCCUUUUCAGAUCCGGGGGUUUUCCAUUGGAGAAAUGCCACUGUUUCAGCUUCGAAUUCGAAGUCUUGUAUAAUUUAGGACAAACCCAUGAUUGCUUAAGCCUUCAUAUGCUAGGAUUUUGUUUCUGCAUUCAAUUUGUUAGAGAAUGAAAGGAUGCUUUUAUGGACUGAAGGGUAAACACCUCUCUCUUGUUACCAUUGUUCUCUUGUGCACCACCAUUCUUAUAUGGGGAUGGAAGAAAACCCCGAUUCUUACUGGCUUGGUACCGCCCCAAACCCGUUUGCAUUUGGGUCCAGAGAUAACGGAUGAUUUUGUAGAUAACAAUGUACCUUCAGAACAAGAAAUAGAUGUGGGCAAAGGGGUAACAACAUUUGUUCGAGAAGAUACUGUAAAAGAAGAAUUACAACUCGGAGCUCCACCAGACUCUGAACAAAACUCUGAUAAAAGUGAAGAGAUUAGUAGUGACAUAGCAUCAAACCAGGUUGAGAAGAAUGGGAUUUUAACAAGUGUGUCAAAAGAAAGAGAAAAACGUAAACAAGUUCAGGAAGCGGAAAUAGAUGGCAAGGCUGUUGAUGUAAGACAGAAAGAAAAAGCAGAGGAAAAUAAUGCAGAUGUGCAAAAGCAAAAUGGGGAGAUAGGGACAUCAUUAGGUUCUGCGUAUGCAAAUACCUCAGUUGACAAGUUGACAACACACACGCAAACUCCAGCUCCAGUCUGCAAUUAUGCAAAGGGAAAAUGGGUUGUGGACCAUAAGAAGCCUCUGUAUUCUGGGCAUGGCUGUAAACAGUGGCUGUCAAGUAUGUGGUCUUGCCGGAAGACACAGCGCACGGAUUUUGCCUAUGAGAAGGUUUCAUGGCAGCCCAAAGAUUGCCAAAUGGAAGAAUUUGAAGGCUCUAAGUUCUUGAAAAGGAUGCAACACAAAACUCUAGCUUUUGUUGGAGAUUCAUUGGGCCGACAGCAGUUCCAGUCGUUAAUGUGCAUGAUCACAGGUGGUAAGGAGAGGCAUGAUGUUAUAGAUGUGGGGCCUGAAUACGGGAUAGUCCAAGCGCGUGGUGAUCUCCGCCCUGGUGGGUGGGCAUAUCGGUUCCCAAGCACCAACACUACCAUCCUCUAUUACUGGUCAUCAACCCUCUGUGAUCUGGAGCCUAUUGAUCCUUCAAACCCAACCACUGAUUAUGCCAUGCACCUUGAUAGGCCACCUGCAUUCUUGCGCCAAUAUAUUCAUAAACUUAACAUCCUGGUCCUCAAUACUGGGCACCACUGGAAUCGUGGAAAGCUUAAAGCUAACCGCUGGGUAAUGCAUCUUGGGGGUGUGCCGAACACUGACAGGAAGAUAGCUGUGAUUUGGAAGGCCAAGAACGUGACAGUCCACAGUAUCAUUAAUUGGGUGAACUCCCAGCUCCCAAAAUACCCAGGUCUCAAAGCUUUCUACCGGACCAUCUCGCCGAGGCAUUUUGUAGGUGGUGAAUGGAACACAGGAGGAAGCUGUGACAACACCACUCCUAUGUCAAUAGGAAAGGAAGUAUUGCAAGACGUGUCUAGUGACACAGAUGCUGCAGGCGCAGCGAAGGGAACAGGGGUUAAGCUCUUGGAUAUAACAGCUCUAUCCCAGGUUAGGGAUGAGGGUCAUAUGUCCCGAUUCAGCAUAACAGCGAAACCAGGCGUGCAAGAUUGUCUGCAUUGGUGUUUACCUGGUGUUCCAGAUACAUGGAAUGAAAUUCUUUUUGCACAAAUCUAGUCCAAUGUAAUUGAUACCGGUGAAGUUUUUCUCAAACGCCUGAAAACGGCUCCAUGGUUCAGGUCAAGGGUUGAAGGCCUCCAUCCCAAAGAAGGGGAGAUGUCACGGGCGAAGUUCUACAUUGAAGUUGGGCACAGACUUUGAUUGCUGGAGAAAAUGGCGACCAGAUGAUUCACCGACCACAACAUUAUGUGGACAAUGUGAAUCCCGGUCCCUGUGGUGUACUUUGUAUAUCUCUUGUUGUAGGUUUGUAUCUUCGUUGAUCGAUACCUUCUCUUCAGUUUUGGUUAGUUUGCUUAACCCCCGAGAUUGAGGCUGCGAGAUUUCAGAUAUUCUGCAGAGGGAGGUAGGAUUAGAGAUCCAGGAUUGAAAGAAUGAGAUUUUCAAGUCAUGAAUUUUUUGUGUAGAAUUUUGUGUACUCGUAAAUUGUAAUGUCAAAUUCCAAAUAGUCGAAUAUAUACAGCUUUUUAAUCUUCCA